AAUCCCAACCUCUUAAAACCCAAAAGCAAAUCAUACUAGCCCUAAACCCGUCUCGUUCCCUCUCUCUUCCCCCCUCCAAUCCCCCCUCCCUCCCGGCACUUGCAACAAUGGCGGCUGCCCCGUUGGACGAGGCGAAGGCGAAGAAUAUCCUUCGCCAGGUGGAGUUCUACUUCAGCGACAGCAAUCUCCCUCGGGACAAGUUUCUAAGGAAAACCGUGCAGGAGAGCGAGGAUGGAUUGGUGAGUUUGGCUCUCAUAUGUUCUUUCUCUCGGAUGAAAAGCCAUAUUGGAUUGAACGCCUCUGUGAAACCCGACGAAGUGCCGGAGGAGACUGUACUGGCAGUAGCUGAAGUUCUAAGGAGGUCUUCUUCCCUCCGAGUCUCAGAAGACGGGAAGAGAAUUGGUAGAAGUACUAUACUUUUGAAGCCAGAGGAGGUUAUAGAGCAAGUGGAUUCAAGAACUAUUGCUGCAUCCCCUUUGCCUUAUGAUGUUAAGCUUGAAGAUGUAGAGUCUUUCUUUGGACAGCAUGGGAAGGUGAACAGUGUGAGGCUACCUCGUCAUGUUGCAGACAAAAGGCAUUUUUGUGGCACUGCUUUAAUUGAAUUUUCAGAAGAAGCUGAUGCAGAAAAGGUUUUGAAGGAGAGCAUUGUGUAUGCGGGAGCAGAGCUAGAAUUAAAACUGAAAAAGGAAUUCGAUGCUGAAAGAGAGAAAAAGAAGGGAGAAUUUGAAAAUGUUUGCUCGAACAAAAAUGCUUCAAAUGGAAGCUAUCCAAAAGGCCUAAUAAUUGCGUUUAAGUUGAAGAGUAUGCAAGAUGAUGAAUCUACAGAACAAAAAGGUGCUGACAAGGUGGCUCGUACUGCUGAAGGUUGUGAAACAGAAGAAGUUCCAAAUUCCACAGGAAGUGUAAAUGAAGAUGAUGAACGGAAGAUGUUAGAAACUGUUAAAAACAAUGAAGACAAGUCAUCAGAUGAUGCCUCUGAGAAUCGUGUGCAAGAAAGUGAAGAAGUGGCUUCUGAUGCUACUGCCCAAGAGAGUAAAGAUGGUGGUACCAAUUUUUCAUCAGGCAAGACUAUAGUUACACGGGAGGAUCUGAAACAGGUCUUCCGGAAAUUUGGAACUGUUAAGUUUAUUGAUUAUAGAAUGGGAGAAGAAUCAGGAUAUAUUCGUUUUGAGGAUCCUGAUGCAGCUACAAAAGCCCGUGCAGUAGCAGUGCUUGCUGAUGAGGGUGGCUUGAUCGUGAAAAAUUAUAUUGCUACCUUAGAAGCUCUGACUGGUGAGGCUGAAAAAGAGUACUGGAGCUUGCUUCGUGGUAACCAGGAGAGAUCCAGGGAAAAUAAAGGCGGCAAAGGAAGAGGGGGUAAAAGCCGUAGAGGUGGGAAGCACUUUGGUGGCAAGCGUUCUCGCCAAACAGAUUCUGCCAGCGGGCAAUCUAAUAAAGCUCAGAAAGUUGAUGCUGCUGCAUGAGUUUCCAAAACAACUCUUAUCGGAAUAGCUCCUUGCAGAUGACUGAUUUUGCUUGUAGUCUUGUGCAAUAUGGAGCAAUCAAUGUUCCAUAGUUUCCACUGAGAUAGGUCAUCAAAGUUUAGAUAAGAUAUCAAUGUGUGCUUAAUAAGAUCUUAUAUUUUAUUUUAUGUAAUGAGCUGAGUUAAGAUUGACUUUUGCUUCUAUGUGGGCAUGGAGUUCAUUAUUUGGAGCUUCCUGGAUAGCAAGCUAAUCCCAACUGUUACCAU